UUGUGUUCGUUUAAAGUGUUGAAAUCGAUGUAAACUGUUCAGACGCCAGUAUGACUUUACAAGAAGUGUAAAACGAAUGGACUGUUGUUGAGUGUAACACGGUUAACGCUUUAUCCAACUGUAAUGAAGGUUAUUGUUGUGAGAAGUGCUCGUGGUGAAGCACGAUGGCGUUUAUUAAACAGGAGAGUGACGACCUGAGGAUUGCAGAAGUGUUCAGUCUGAAACAUGAAGACACUGAGGAACAAACUGACCUGAUGGCAAUAAAAGAAGAGAGUCAAGAACUGAAAGAAACCGAAGAGAAAGCUCAAUAUGAGAGACAUGAUUUCUUUGUUGUCAAAAACCCCAUACCGUCUGAAACCGAUUCGGUUCAGAAGACCAAACCUCCCAGUUACCUAACAUGCCAUGAAUGUGGAAAGUGUUUCACAUUAAAAGUAAACCUUAACGAACACAUGAAAAUUCACGCUCAAGAGAAGCUGUUCACAUGCCAACACUGUGGAAAGAGUUUCACACGAAAAGAAAGCCUUGAUGAACAUGUGAUCUUCCACACCGGAGGAAAGCCUUUCACUUGUGAUCAGUGUGGGAAGAGUUACAGAUAUAAAGACACUCUUAAAGCUCACAUGAGAAUUCACACCGGAGAGAAGCCCUUCACAUGCCAACACUGUGGAAAGAGUUUCACAGUAAAAGGAAACCUUAAACAACACAUGAACACUCACACCAGAGAGAAGCUGUUCACAUGCCAUCACUGUGAAAAGAGUUUCUUUACAAGUGAAACCCUUAAUCAACACAUAACCAUCCAUUCAGAGAAGCCAUUCACAUGUGAUCAGUGUGGGAAGAGUUACAAAUACGAAGAAAGACUCAAGUCCCACAUGAGAGUUCACACCGGAGAGAAGUCGUUACUGGGCUACAAGGGUGAACGUUCAGGACCGAGCAGGUUUGAGUGUGAUCAGUGUGGAGAGAGUUUCAGCUGUAAAGUGAGCCUCUACACUCACGUGAGACUUCAUACUACAGCCAAGGCUUUCACCUGCGAACUGUGUGGCGAUAGCUUUCUACAAAACGGAAAUCUUAAGUCCCACAUGAGGAUUCACACUAGAGAGAAGCGCUUAGAGUGGAAAGAGAUUCAGACGUAACGCUUGAUUCACACAUGAAAACUUCUUACUGUUGUAAACUGUGUAGGGUCAUAGAAACGUGUCAAAAGUGUUAAUUCACUACAGUGACGACUGGGGAUGUGUAUUAUAAUUUUUUUAAAUGGCACUAAAAAGUAUGAAUCUCUUUGAAAUGGUGAAGUUGAAUGUGGCUCAAAUCUGAUUGUCUCUCUCUCUCUCUCUCUCUCUCUCUAUAUAUAUAUAUAUACAUACAUAUAUAUGUGUGUGUAUGCCUCUAUUUUAUGUAUUGUGCAUCUGAGUGGCUGCACCUGACCAUGAUCUCUGCUAUAGCUCAGUUUUUGUCCCAAGGAACAACUUUGCAAUUAUUAAAUUAAUCUUUCAACCGAA